UUUCUCCACUCUGUUGGUCGAACUGUCUGAACAGGCUAAUGGUGCAGCUGUAGCGCUGUGAAGAGGAGAGUCCUGACUGGACACUGUGUGUGCUGGGGUCCACACACACACACACACACACACACACACACACACACACAUCUUGGGAGAAGAAGCGUCGAUGGCACACAUCGCUCGCUCACACCUCAGGAGAGCACCGCUGUUUUUCUUCACGUGUUGGUCCUGAGCUCAGCUCAGGUGUUCUUCUUCAGAAAGUAGCUCCUCUGAGGAGAGGCGCUUCAGCUCCACAGCGGCAGCGUCGAUAGGGUAUCUAACUUUCGACCCCCUCCAGCCUCUCCAGCCCACCGGCAGCACUACACAGGCGGCUGGCGGGAGAUGCAGCCUGACCGAGGGGCUGCAGCGCGCAGGAUUCCGGCUCGGUCUCGCGGGCUGGAGGAGAAGUUUAGCUCGAGCCUGAAGCGGAGCGGCACCGCGCCGCAGCAGCACCAGCUCCAACUUUAAGCCCCAGCCCGCCGAGCUCCUCCACCGGACCCACACCGCCGCUCUGGGCUCUUCAUGCCACCCACUAAUGAGAUAACUGGGCAGGAAUGUUCAGAGGACCACGCGGCCACGAGCUCGAGGGCACAGUUGCCGUUCAGCGCGAGAGACCGCCGCUGCUGCUGCUGCCGGACCGCCGCUAAAUCUCCCCUCAGCAGAGAGUUCCUCUCCAGGUGGACUCUGAACACACAGGAGGAAUGUUCACCCACAACCUGCCGGCGACCACGCUGGGGGUCCUGCCUUUUCUCUUCAACCACUGCUUCCUCUCGCUCCUUCUCCUACAGCAUGCCCAGGGAGAGCUCCAGAAGUCAUGCUCUCGGACCUCAGCAGAACCAGUGGAAGGGGUCUGCAAGCUGCCAUGCCAAUGCAAACGCUACCCACCUUUACCCCCACCUCCUCCUCCACCACCACCACCCAGACUGCUCUCUCCUACUGUGGCUCCAGCUACUGUUCCACCUAUGAAGCCCUGGGGAAGAGAGGUGGAAAUUUUGGUGCUGGGGACAGUGAUCUGUGCCUCAGUAGUCUUCCUUCUCCUGACAGGCAUCAUUUGCUACAAGGCUAUUAAAAGGAAACCAUUGCGGAAAGAAGAGAACGGCACAAGCCGAGGAGAGUACGCCAUGAGCUCUCGCUGCACGCAACAGGUGGUGGAGACCAACAACACUGGAGUAUAGUACUCAGAGCAAUUCAGUGGAACACUGUAAACACUCCUGAUCCCACCACACCAUCUCUUUCUUCAGGCUUUGAAGGGGUUUGGAGAUGGAUGAGAGGUAGAGAGUGAACUUUUGAAGGAACUUAAAACCGUAGCUCUGCCUGUGUGGGAGAUGUGAAUACUUUAAACAGAGAAAAAAAACACUUAAAUGACAAACAAGUGCUGGUAAUGAUUGACGUAUGACAGUACACUAAAAGGUUCAGAGAAGGCAUGGAGCCCAGAGACUCAUUGUUAUGUUGGACGAGAUGACAGCUGUCAGUAUCCCGAGGCUGAAGCUGUCAGGCCCUGAGACACCUCAGAGCCUCCUCGGAGGACAGCGUACCAGUAGACCAACAACGAAUCAAACGCAUGCACUUUCUGUUGAAUGCAAUGACGUCUUAAGAUUCCUUCCUUUCUCCGCUCUCCUCUCUGUCUGUUUCCCCGCAGUUUCCUCCCUCCCCACCUCAUGUAAAUAAAGAAGGCUACGUUGCUUCGUGAGCGAGCGAGUCCAGAUCGAGCAGACGCAGAUGGUGCUCCAGCUGUAAGCUAAAGGAGGAACCAGGAAAUCGAUCCCUUUUUUGUAUGACUAUGCAACUGGAAAGGUGGUGCAUGUUCAUGAUAUUAAAAAAAAAACCACAACGUUAGCAUCAUUUGCUGCUAAUCAGCAUUGCUAAUUUCUAAUAUGGAUUGGACAGUCUGAAUUACUCGCUCUAAUCACUGUACAUGUGGAAUUGACUAAUUCAGCUGUAAUUGCUUGUCAUCAGUAAAGAGGCACGAAUCAAUGUCACACAUACAUCAAUUAAAGACUGUUAUUUAACUAGGGCUACAUCAUCAUGCAAGGACAAGCUCUCUCUCUCUCUUUUAAUUUUAGCUCUGUUAUUUUAUUGGUCAUUGUAUUUGAUUGCAUAAACUAAACCACUUUCACACUUUUUGUCAUUAUGUAGUAAAUCCAGUAAAUCCACCAUGAGAUUAAAUCUGUUAAGAUCACGCAUCAGCCUGUACGCACUGUACCAUAUCAUUAACAACACAUUUUUUAAAGAAGACUUUGGAUGCAUUAGGUUCUACUGUGGCAAUGAAAAAAAUGGUCAUUAUUUUAUUCAGGAACUAAAUUAAGGAAUUAAAUGAAAUCCAUUGUUUUACUACAGAAACACAACAGUAAAUGUUAAAAUACUGGAAUUACAUGGGAUUAUUGUAUUGUGUUGUCCACUAGCUUCUUAUCUACAGUUGUGGUCAUAGGUUUACAAACUCAUGAACAUGUCAUGUCCAAAUUGGGUUUUCAGUGAUUUCUCCUGUUUUCCAUCAAAUUUGGAGGAAGAAACCUUGAGAUGAACCCUCACAGGGGGGAACUCAUCCUUCUCUUUACAAAACUACCAAUAAAUUAUUGUCAAAAAUAAUUGUGGUGAUAAUUGUAGUAGAAAGUAGUUAGAGCAACAGGAGAGCCGAUGCUCAAAAUUCUGUCGGUGUCAGACCGAACAGGUGAGCAGUAGGGGUGGGCGAUAUGGCCCUAAAACAAUAUCACAAUAUUUUUUUGUAAUUUCGUUUUUGUGACAAUAUAUUUGACAAAAAAGUUGUCUUUUGUGUAACUUACUGAGACAUAUAAACUGCAAACAGAGCAAAACAAACUCAAAAUAGGCUGCUUUCAAGUCGAAAUACCAUUUUAUCAACAUAUAGCGUUUUAUUGUUUCAAUACUUAUGACAAUAUUAUUGUGUGCGAUAAGAUAUAGCAUAUACCCCUUAUGGACAGUCAUUAACACAUGAAGGAGACAAGAUUUCAGAUCUGAUGUAUGGAGUACUGAGGAUGUUAAAAGUGCAAAUGACUGCAGCAAACCCAACUAUUACAGCCUUACUAAAAGGAACGAGCCAGAGGGUAACAUAGACACGAGAGUCUACCUGAGUGGCAGGAUGAUGAAACCAGCAUCUCAGUUUACCACAAUUCUCUAUGUUGAUGAACCUCUGGAUCUGCAGCCUUUAUCUAAGGGGAACAUUAAUUACCAAAAGUUAAACAAGUAAGUUUUCAGUCUGGACUUGAAGAUAACUUAGUCCUAAACAUUUUCUGGCUUUACAAGUAAAAGCUUUUUCCUCGCUGAAGCCUUCUGAAUUUUAGGAAGAAUUGUAGAAAUCCAGCACCCUGUAACAUGAGUAAAGUGUUGAUUGUAUGUAAACUUCUGACCACCACUGUAUUCAAAUCAGCAAUGUUAUAACAGCUUCAGUUACAUUCAGUGCAUAAUUUUGCACACAUUUUGCAGCUCAGGCAUUUUUUAAUGGCUAAUGCCUAUGCCUAUAUAUAGACAAUGCCUAUAAUAAUAAUAAUCCAUAAAUCAAGUAGUCUAUAUUCGGUAUGCGUGGACACAUCUUUAUCCAUUUAAACACUUUAGAACUGAGUCUAAUAGCUUGCCAAAGCUUAAAAUGCUUUCUUACAACUUAAGGACUGUGUAAAAGGAACUGACUUUUGUUGGAAGGAAUGUUUUGGCUGGUAUGCAGAAACUUACAGUAUUGAUUUUGUUUUGAUUGAUCCGACUGAUCUAAUUGUAUUUCUGUGCACAAACACUACCUUCCAGUUGCCAUAAAAUACAGAAUAACUUUUACUGCUUUCAGAUAUUUGUAUUUUAUUUACAGAAUACAAAACAAAAACUGCACAUUUAUUGAUGAAAAUGACAACUUCUGCAAACAAAUGAAACCAUAGUACUAAUCAUUAAACAGGCAUCCCAUAUCUGUUAGCGCUGACAAAAGCAAGCUGAUUAAAUGUACAUAUAAGGAAUUUUAAGUUAUGGAAUAUAUAUAUAUUAAUUUUGUUUUUCAACUGCUCUCAAUUACAUGGUUAAAAAAUAUUCUUUGGUCCAUGUUUGCACAAAAACAGCAACUCUGAAAACCAAGCAAGAGGAUUGCUUUCAUUGUUCAUGCUGGAUCCGGCUAGAUUUGAAAAUCCAAAGAUGUGAUGUAAUGGUUGUGAUGUAAUGUUCCUACAUAGUGCAACUGAGCAGUGAAUUACUUGGGUUUUUAAAUGUUUAUCUAACUCACCAGGUUCAUCAUGUAAACGACCAUUCUUACUGUUUCACACUGUAUAAAUCACUCUCCUGGCUAUCGUACACUGUCCUCAUGCUCCCUCGCCCGUUUAAACAUACUGAAGGUAAAUGUGUAUUAUACUGUACAAAAUUACUCUGAAAUAUAUUGCAUGAAUGUAAAUAUCAAUAUUUGCCUUCUUGACUGUAUCGUGUACAGAGUAAGAGAAAAUAUCUUUAUAGGGAUAAAUAUAAGUUGAUGUGGUAUCAGAACUGAAUAUGUGUUGUUUGUUUGUCUGGAACAAGCCAUUAAUGUAUAUUGAAUUAAUUAAAGGUUGCUGCACAAUGUAUGCAUCACAUACCAAAAUGUUUAACAUAAUAUAUAUA